AUGUCUGCCAUCACACAAUUCACUGUCCUGGCUUUCGCCUCGACCGCUCUCGCCAGGCAAUAUCAACAUGGCCACCUCCACGGACGACACCAGAGACUGUACGAUCGUUCGGUCGGAACUGGUUCUGGAGCACCUUAUGGGUACCCCACUGCCAACAGCACAGGCAUCUGGGGCACUACAGGCUGUAAGUCCGCUACCGGUGUGGAAGCAGCGGCAGUUCCUACUGCCUAUGGACCAGCCGGUGGCAACACGUACACCCUCAGCAACAUCCACACUGAGGUCGUGUACUCGACCAUUUCUAUGAACUAUCCAGCUAGUAGCGCCGCCGAGCAAUGCGCUGCCGAUGUUACCGUCACCAAUACGGAAAAGGUUUACGUGACCGUCACGGCAGGCCACAGCGCAUCGUCCAGCGCUGAAGUGUCUGCCGUUGAGAGCACGUAUGCUGCUCCUGCAUACUCUGCCCUAGCAUCCAGCAGCGACGAGGUCUCUCCCGUUGCAAGCUCCUCUGCUGGUGGCCACUCUGCUCCAGCUUAUUCUUCUGCCUCAUCCGGCAGCAGCACCUAUAACGCCGACACCACCAGCGCCGCCCAAUACAGCAGCUCCCCAGGCCCAGCCACCUCUGCCGCAGCACUGCCAACUAGCUACGCCGCCGCCAGCAGCCAAAACACAGGCUCCGCGACCGCCUCUGCGCCAGCCAGCUACGGCUCCUCCUCGAGCAGCUCCGGCAAGCGCGGUCUAGCCUACAACGACGCCAGCCUGACGACCUGCUUCGACGGCUCCAGCGAGAUCUCCUGGGCGUACAACUGGGAGUCGGACGCCAAGGGCCUCAGCGGUGGUCUCUCCUACAUCCCUACCCUGUGGGGCAACGCAGACACAUACACCAGCUCCUGGAGCUCCAACGCCAAGUCUGCCAUCGCAAGCGGCUCUACCCACCUCUUCUCCUUCAACGAGCCAGAUCUCACCGCACAGGCCAACAUGGAUGCCGCGACUGCUGCUGAAGCGUACAAGCAGUACAUGAACCCCUUCAACGGCCAGGCCAAGCUCUGCGCCCCCUCCGUCACCAACGGUCCAGACCCAAUGGGUCUCUCCUGGCUAUCCAACUUCUUGGCCGCUUGCGAUGGGGGUUGCAAGAUUGACUGCAUCAACAUUCACUGGUAUGACUCCGCUACCAACAUCGACUACUUCAAGGAGCACCUGGAGAACGCCACCAGCAUAGCCACCAAGUACAACAUCGAUACCCUCUACCUUUCUGAAUUCGGUGCUACCGGCUCUGACGAUCAGGUUAACACGUUCCUGGAGACUGUUAUGCCGUGGAUGGACAGCAAUGAUGCUGUUGGUGGCUAUGCUUAUUACAUGGUUGCGAAUGGGAUGCUCGUCUCGGGUGGGGAGCCUACUACGUACGGUAGCACUUACAAGUCAUACACCUCUUCGUAG